GGCCAGCCACGGCGGCAAGUACUCGCGGGAGAAGAACCAGCCCGAGCCACCCCCAAAGCGCGAACCCGGGGAGGAGUUCCGCAUGGAGAAGCUCAAACAGCUGUGGGAGAAGGCCCAGCGGCUUCAUCUUUCUCCUGUGAAGCUGGCCGAGCUCCAUGCUGACCUGAAGAUACAAGAGAGGGAUGAGCUCAACUGGAAGAAACUGAAGGUCGAAGGCUUAGAUGAAGAUGGGGAAAAGGAAGCAAAACUUAUACGCAAUCUCAACGUCAUCUUGGCCAAGUACGGCCUGGCCGGGAAGAAGGAGGCACAGAUGGUGAACAGCAACGCGAUCGGUGACGGUGACCAGGAAGACGAGCUGGGCGAUCCCAGGCUGGAGAAGUUGUGGCACAAGGCAAAGACCUCUGGGAAAUUCUCCAGUGAAGAAUUGGACAAGCUCUGGCGGGAGUUUUUGCAUCACAAAGACAAAGUGCACGAGUAUAACGUCCUACUAGACACCCUGAGCAGGACUGAAGAAAUCCACGAGAACGUCAUCAGCCCCUCGGACCUGAGCCACAUCAAGGGCGAGGUGCUGCUCAGCCGACACGCCGAGCUGAAGGACAAACUGAGAAGCAUCAACCAGGGCCUGGACCGUCUGCGGAAAGUCAGCCACCAGGGCUACAGCUCAGAGGCCGAGUUCGAGGAGCCCCGAGUGAUUGACCUGUGGGACCUGGCCCAGGCAGCCAACCUCACCAAGAAGGAGCUGGAGUUGUUUCGGGAGGAGCUUAAGCACUUCGAAGCCAAAAUUGAGAAGCACAAUCACUACCAGAAGCAGCUGGAGAUCUCUCACCAGAAGCUGAAGCACGUGGAGAGCCUCGGCGACCGCGAGCACAUCAGCCGCAACAAGGAGAAGUACGCCCUGCUGGAGGAGAAGACCAAGGAGCUGGGCUACAAGGUAAAGAAGCAUUUGCAGGAUCUUUCCAGCAGAAUCUCGAGAGCUCGGCACAAUGAACUCUGACGGCCUCCAGGGAGCCCAGUCCUGCGGAGAAGGGCGGAGCGGAGGGCCUGGGGACUCUCCCGUAGCCAGGUCCGAGGGCUUUGGCAGUGCCACUUACAUGACAGACCCUCGGGGAAGGUGGCAGGGCCAGAAGAGUAGCUUCAAUGACUGCGGAGCUGCUGCCGUGCCCGAGGGAGGGCUGGCGUGUUCGUGUCUCAGAGCCGUGAGUUGACAUGAGCUGGGUCCCAUCUCUGGUCGACAGGGGCUUCUUUCCAGCAAACCUGGUCUGACAGUCCCGUGUGCCAGGACAGGACAGUGUGUGUCGAAAUCUUUGAAAUAUUACUUAGAGGUCUUUAAAAAUACAUUGCCGUAUUUAAGCCGCGUGA